AUGAAGAAGGACAAUAAACCUCGCGAAAAGAAUGCAACAGUCAGUGCUAAAGAGAACGAUCCAAAGGAAAAAAAAAACCAAAAAAAAUCCCCAUUUUUCUAUAGAAAAUGGGCUCUUUUCUUCCUAUUCUCUUCCAAAUCCACGAUCCAAAAAUUGACGAAAGUUGUACGUAGUCCUUUUAAGUUAAGAGUCGAUCCAUUGGAUAGAAAGGGAAAGCGCCCCAUCUAG